UCGAUCAGCUGACUGUUGUGUCACGUGACUGAAAGGAAAAGGAAGCUUAUCGGCUGUGAAGCUGAUGUUUAGAUGUUGUGAAGGUUCGGGUUCAGACUCCGUCCUCAAGCUGCGAGGAGAUGUUUGACAGCAGGAGCCCCUUGGAGGUCCUGCUGGUUCCUGAGGACCAGGCAGGUGAUCAGCUGGCAGACCUCAGGAAGGCCCAGAUGUGUCCCGCAGGUUCCCGGCUCUGCUGCCUGGGGGGCUCCGGCCAAUUGAUGCUGUGGGCCCCUGGGGACAGGAGGGCCCCCCGGUGCUCAGCGGACGGCCACUUCUCAGACUUCAGCUGGGAGGAGGUGACGGCCAGCAGUCGGAGCGUCAGCAGUUUCCACCUGCUGGCUGUUGGAUCUCAAGGUGACCUGAAGCUGCUGCAGGCUGAAGCUGAACCCUCCGUCCCCGUUUCUUUGCUGAGCGUGCAGAAAUGUUCUGCAGACCGUCUGCUGGAGGCGAUCGGAGAGAAGAACCACAGUGUGUGUGAGCUGGACUCUGUGCAGGUCCUGUGCUUUGUGGACGGCCGCAGUCGUCUGCUGGUGAACUGGAGCUGGUUGCUGCAGCUGCAGUGGGAACGAGAAUCAGGAGAAGCGAAGAUGAUGUCCUGCCAUCACUUGCAGCCAAUCAGCAGGACCCAGCAUGCAGCUGUUCAGCUCUGUGGAGAAACCCUGUUCACCCUCAGCUCAGAUGGACUCAUACAUGUGUUUGCUGUAACCGAUGGCACCCUGCUGGCCAGCAUCAACCUCCCCGCCUACCUGGAGGAUGACCUCAGCUCUUCAUCUCCCUCCUCCUCUUUCUGCCUGGUUCAGGUGUCAGCAGAUCUCAGCACAGCUGUAGCUGUAACCCAGUCUCAUGCAGCUGUAGCCGUUGACCUUAACUACUAUUUCAGACUGCACCCAGACCACCUACUCUGUGUCGGACCCCAGUCCAAUGUCCCUCUUCAGCAUAAAGACCACAGAGACCAGGACAGCCUGUCCAGCUCCAGUCACUGUCUGGCUGCUCUUGGAUCAGCGCUCUGUGAUGACCGCUCUUGGGAAACUCGUCUAGCGUUGAUGUGCAGCAGAGCCCAGCAGGUUGCUUCUCCCUCCCCCCCGUCUAAGCCUGCAGAGAGGCCGUGGUUCUAUUCGCUUCCCCACCUGCAGGCCAGCUCCGCUUCAGCCUCCUCCCAGAGCAGAGCGCCGUCAGGGGGAGCGGUGGUGCAUUUCUCUGUCCCUGAAACAUCCACCCCAUGUCUGCUUGCUGUUUCUGAGUUCUCUGCACUUUUGACGUUCGUCACUCCUGGUAACACUCAGACCACAGUGGCCUUAUGGGAUAUGGAGUCUGGGAGUUUGAGCUACCACCAGUCAGAAGACGUGGCCGUUCCAGUUCAGCACAGCGGAGAGCGGCAGCAGAGGCUGCUGCUGAAGAGGUCAGGUGUGUUCCAGGUCAUGUUCUCCAUGCCCCAGCAGGAUCUAUUAAGCAGGCUGAUGCUAUUUGGCAGUGCAGCAACGGUGGACGCAGUCUGUAAGCUCAACAGCUGGGGGCACUGCUCCAUCCCCUUCCAUGCCCUGCAGGCCGGAUUGAAGAACCGACAGCUUGACACGGUGGAUUUGUAUCUGAAAAGCAAAGAAAAUCUCCUGAACUCCUCUGCAUCAGUCUGUGUUUCUGAGCAGUCGGCAGACUCCAAGCAAAGUCUCAAAGACAGUGUCCAGGAGCUGUUUCUUGCGUUGGACCUGUUGUGUUCAACUGUCAGAGAUUUAAACAGUGAGGCUCAGAGCAGACAGUUCUCUGAGCAGCUGCUCAACCUCACUCUGAGCUUCAUCAACACACAGAUCCGCUCGGUGCUCUUGCUACCACACUGUGAAAACUCUGAUGUACUGAACAGUGUGAAAAUCCUGGAUACAUAUGUGACAGAGUUGAGGAAUUAUUUGAAGAGGUUUCCCUGGUCCUCAGAGAGCAGCACGUCUAACAGUGGUGCUGCUCCUCCCAGGGAGGAUGAAGGAGAUGAAUGGGAGCAGCUUACCACUGAGGAAGCGAUCUAUCAGGCAGUUCUUACCAACCAGAUCCCGAGAGCUCAGGCUGUGAUGUGGAGACUGAAUCGACCUGAGCAGCAUCUGUCUGCUCUGAGGAUGGUGGGGCUGAACCAUGUAUUGUCCUGCUUGCAGUCCGGGAACCUGCAGACUGCUAAAACACUCCUCACUAACAUGGGUCUAAGUGUGAAGAAGGAGCUUCACAGCAUCUGCCUUUACACCAAAGACAGGAACCUCCGGGAAUUAUUGGUGGAGGAUAUGUCCAGCCAGGGUUUUUUGCCUGAAGAUGAGAUGCAGAGUGUUUCAUUCAUCAGGAAGAUGGAGAAGCUGGGUUUACUACCAGCAAGGUCCUGUCCCGCUGAUCCCCUUUCUCAGAGGGUUCCUCAGAUUGCUCAUGAUGAGCUAGAAGGCAGAGAGUUGCUGGAGGAACUGGUUGAACAGAGGAGCCCUGAGGAGGUGGGAGAACUCUGGAGGAACAUCCAACUGCACUGGGUGAAGAACUGGGACCAUGACUGCCAGACUGCUGUUCUCUUAUCCAGGCUACAGCACACAGAGUUGAGCCUUGGAGACUCUUCAGUGUUGUGGCGCUACCUAACUUCUCUCCACGACAAGCAGCAGGUGGUUGAAUGGAUUCACAACCAACGGAGCUCCGAUUCCCUCUGCUGGCCGGACAUAACUCCAGAGGUGGUUAGCAGUAGUACGGCGUGCAGCAUCUUCUUCAAGGAGAACGUCCUGGACCUUCUAGCUAGGAAAGCUGUGUUCAUCCCAGAGGAGAUGUCAGACUUGGAGCAGCUGUUAUGGCGGUUGGCUCAGGGUGGGGGGCUGAUGGCUCCAGCUCCUCCAGUACCUCAGUACUGCUCUCCCGUAGGCCUCGACCUACACAGCGCCUUUGUCUCUUUCUGUCUGGAACGUAAUCUCCAGUACCUGCUUUAUACCUACUUGGAGCACUACAGACUAACGCCCAGGAACUGUCCGCUGCUGAUGGAUCAGAGCCUGUUUGGGAGUCAGCCUUGGUUUGAGAUGCUGGUGAAAACCCAGGAGAUAACCAGAAACCUGUCAGAUCCAGAACUGGUGUUCCAGGCCAGUUUGACCAGUGCUCAGGUGCUGCUUCCUGGGAGCCAGGCAUCUCUAAGCAGUCUGCUGUUGGAGGGACACAGUCUGCUGGCUCUGGCCUCAAUCAUGUUUGCUCAUGGUGGGAUUGAUCAGGUGAUGAUUCAAGGUCAGCAGGCAGGAAGUGUGCAGAGGACUGUCGACCCACAGCUGCUGAAGAUGGCGCUGGCCUCCCACAGCAAACUGAGAGCUGCACUCUUUCCCUCUGGAUGUUUUGGGAAUGGCCCAUCAUCUGACAUCUCCAUUUAUCAACUCCUUCAGUCUCUCCAUCCUCUUGACGUAUCCAGACUGUUUGCUUGGCAGGCGCCAAACACUCUGAAUUCUACUGAAACAUCGGAGCUGCCUCAUUUUUCCAGCUCUCAACUGGUUGGCAGGUUUGCUCUGGUAGAAAAACUAGACUAUCUGUACUACAUUCAUCAUGGCCGUCCCUCUUUCGCAUAUGGGAACGUUGUCAUCCAGCAGCUGGGUGUCUGCAGUGACGUCCAGUCAAUGCUGCAGAAGGUCUGGUUGCAGGUGUACAGGUUGGCUCUGAAGUGUUUCAAUGUGCCGUCUGUGACAUCGUCAGCCGUCUGUUUCUGUGAGCUGCUGGGCAUCUGCAGCCUAAAGCUGAGGGUGGACAUCAGAGCCAUGAACACCGUCCUUCAGCACUGGAGCCAACUGGAAAAACACACACAAGCCAAGAAUCUGCUCAUUCUAAAGUCUAAAGCUGUAAAGCUGGUGGAUGCAGAGCCAGGAGUGGCAGAAGAGCUGCUUGGUUACCUGGAAGCAGCAGUGAUGGAAAGUCUGGAGAUGAGGGGUAUCAGCAGGUUGUCAUAUGAGGCUGCUCAGGAGUGGGCGCUGCCUGUUCAGUUCUCUAAGCUCCACAGUCUGGAGCUUAGUCCAGUUUAUCCCAGGCAUUGUGCAGAGGACCGACAAUUUAUACACUUUUUAUUGUUUGUCCAACUCUACAACUUCCCUCUACAGCAGGUCAGGUCCAUGCUCCGUCUCUUUGAACCCAUUUUGCAGGCUCACCUUACCGUGGCAUUUCAAGACCUGCAGGUGCAGAGUCAGACGAGGGACCAAGAGCCGCAGGAACAGUUGUGGGUUCCGAGAAGCGAAGAGGCGGCUGGGAGCUCAGACCUUUUCCAGAUGGUACUGCGGAGUCAGCAGGAGCAAAUACCAGUCAGGUUUCUCCUACACGAAGCAAUGGUCCAGCGCUGCCCAGUGCUGGCAGUUCUUGCUGCGUGUCUGAAGACAGCAGAGCUGCUGCCAUGCCUGUGUGUGUGGAUUCUGACCUCUGUGGAUAACAAGACAGCAGAAGAGGCCACAUCACACCUGGCUGAAGCCCCACAGCACCAUGAAUGGACCCUACAUGACCUGUCAAUCAUCUGGAAGACUCUGCUAUGGCGGGGUCAUUUCAGGAUCCUCCUGCGAGGAUUUGAACUUUUCCAGCAGGUAAUGGACUGCCCUCUGGUAUUGGUGCUGAGAAUGUUUGAGCUGUGUUGUGAUUACAGGAACUUUACGGAGGCUAAAACAAAGUUGAUGGACUUUCAGAGGACGCUGAUUGCUCUCAGAAAUGGUGGUCCUACCAUCGUUGGAAGCCUCCCCUUACAAUGGGUGGAAAGUCAGGCCUCAGUGCUGCUCCUCACCAUGCUGCAGCGUUCUUCUUCCCAGUACGAUCUUCACCGGCUGCUGCAGCUCCUCGCUGAUGUUGACAAACUUCUCAAAUCAAAUGGUCCAGACUUCAGGAAGCUGAGUAAGCUGAGUCAGUUGCUCCAAGGAUCGGGGGUCACUCUGCCACAGAGGCUGCUGCACAGCACCCCCCCAUCCAUCCAGGAGGAGGAAUUUGCAAUCAUUGUGGAUACAUUACAAUCUAGAGGGUGCUACAGCCAGGCGAGACAGGUGGCAGAGCUGGCUGGUCUGCCUGUCGAUCGCCUCCUCCUGAGCCAGCUGCUUCAGGAAGCAAACGUCCACAAAACCAGGUGGCAGUGGAGACAUUUGGAGACUCGGGUUGCCUUCUGGAGGAAGUGUCACAGGCUGCUUAAAGAUGAUGGUACCGAUCCAAAGUUAGCCUCCCAGUUCUUUCUGUCCCAGUCUGAGGGAGGAACGGCCAACUCUGGAGACGAGACGCAAACCGAGGUUCUGGACGUUCAGGAGCGCUGUUUACUUCUCCAGCUCGCGGCUCACUGGCUUUCCUUGCUAAUACCGGUUCCUGUGGACGAACUGGAGAGGUUGGAGAAGAAGCUGUGGUUCUGUCGGGUCCGGAAACACGUGCUUACAGCUACCAUGGAGAAAGACAGCAUGUUCAAGCUCCCACCAGCAGCCGUCCUCCCUGAAACCAACGCCUAUGACAUGUUCAUGAAGGACUUCACCUUCUCCAGCAUAGCAGAUCUGAACACAGAGAAAUACCUGAGACUGGAUGGGUUCCCGAGUCUCUCAGAGAACCUGGAUGAGUUAGAUCCUGAGUCUGAUCUGGGUUCUGAAGGGAGGAGAGUUUUAGGAGGACUUAUUGGUCAGUUACUAGAUCAGGGUGGUCUCCAUGAGGCCAGUCGUGUUUGCCGACAUUUCUCCAUCCACAGUCCAGAUGUGUGGAGGCUGCUGCGCUGCCAUGCUUUGGCAGGUGGGGUUUUAGCACCAGAACCGCAGGAGGAAACCCCAGAAGGAGCAGAAACCAAACCGCUGACACACUCUCCCUCGCUCAGCAGUCUGUCCUCCUUUGUGAUGGUGCCCCUCCCUGAAGAUGCAGUCACCAUCCAGAUCCAGAGGCUGCUGGAUCAGUGUCGCCAUGGAAGCAGCUACUGCAAACAGAUCCUCAGCCUGUACCAGCUCUCUAAGGAGAUGCAGUGCCCUUACAGUCAGCUCAGCAGGGAGGAGCCUCAGUCUGUGCUGCAGAAGCUCCUGCUUCUGGAGCAGCCGGACCGUUUCAGGAUGGCCAAGGCCUUCAUCAGAGCUCAGGGUCUGGGUGCUGAUGCUGUGGCAGAGCUGGUCUCUGAUGCUGUGCUUCAAGGCCUGCUGGCUUCAGCCCAGGACCUGCAGCCUGGAGACAAGCAGAUUUUUAGACCGUCCGAGGGGAAUGAGUCUCUGGUACAGCUGAUCAAACUGUGUGACGAUCCAAACUUGGUGGGACUCAGACUGCUGGAAAACCUCAACACGGUUCCGCUGAGGGAGCUGAACUCCAUCGUGGAGCUGCUGAUUGUGGCUCACAGCUGUUUCAGUCUUACCUGUAACAUGGAGGGGAUCGUGCGUGUUCUCCAAGCUGCUCAUCAUCUAAGCCACACCUACCUGGCCCCAGGAGAACACUACAGCCUGAUGGUGCGUCUACUGACCGGUAUUGGCAGGUACAAUGAGAUGACGUACAUCUUUGACUUGCUCCAUCAGAGCCAUCGCUUUGAGAUGUUACUCAGGAAGAAGGUGGAAACAGAGAGGGGACAGAGCUCUAGUUUGAAGACUGCUCUGCUGGAUUACAUCAAGCGCUGCCUCCCUGCUGAUAGCGAGAAGCACAACAUGGUGGCGCUGUGUUUCAGCAUGAGGAGGGAGAUCGGAGAAAACCAUGAAAUUGCUGCCCGGACUCAGCUGAAGAUGAUUGAAUCUCAGGACUGGGUUGUGACUCCUGAACUGAAGAGUUCGCUGAUGAAGGUGUUGGGUCUGCUAAAGGAUGCUGCAGAAAGUUUCUCAAAGGACUCCUGCGUUCGUCAGGCGAGUCGCUGCAUCAAUCAAGCCAAACUGAUCACUCUUCAGCUCCACUUGUUGAACCAGGGAUCAAACCUUCGCAUCAUCAACCUGAAGCCCACAGAGCUGCACGCUGCCUUCAUGGCUCUGCCCCGAUGUUACCAGGUGAUUGUCGUCUCAGAGGCCUACAGCUACAAUCCAGACUGGGCUGAGAUUUUGUACCAGAAGGUGGUUCUGAAAGGAGACUUUGUUUACCUGGAGGAGCUCAAAGGCCUCCGUCCUCUUACCUCCGCCAUAUUUGAAGACAUUUUCAGAAAGCUGGACAGCUCCCCCAGCGGUGUCUCCUCGAACGUGAAGCGUCUGCUGACUCACUGUGACGAUGUGUACACCCGAUACAGACUGGCCUACCAGCAGAAUCUCUAUGAUGUCACCAAAACGCUGCUGCAAGAUAACAAAACGGCCAGCUACAUGAAUGACAGGCUGAGCAAUAAAGCGUUUAUCUGAGCCAGCA